AUGGAGUCUCAGCAACCUAAUCUGUUCGCCGUUGUGGCGAUAACAAUGGCGGCGGCAACACUGACUCUAGUGCUACGCCUCAUCGCCCGGCGGAUGACCAAAGUUCCUUUGUGGUGGGAUGAUUAUCUGUGCAUUUUAGCAUACUUCUUAGGUGUCGCAUGGAGUGCGUUGUUGCUAUCAUGGGUGCCUUUCGGGUUUGGUCUGCAUCUCAAAGAUGUAGGGACGACUGCGCAGGAAUCCCUCACCAACUCCUUGUUCUUCUGUUAUCUUGCAGAACUUUUCUACGCAUUCUCACUAGCGUUCUCGAAGCUAGCCAUCUUAUCAUUCUACUGGCGGAUGUUCCAAAGAUCAGCGAUCAAGAUCCCGUUAAUAAUUCUUGCCAUCUGUGCUGUGGUCUGGUUGAUUCUACGGACUUUCCUUGCUAUCUUUCACUGCGUGCCGGUUCAAGCGUUCUGGGAUAAAUCAAUUCCUGAUGCUACCUGUCUUAUUGAUGACUCGAAGUUUUUCUUCGGAUCGGUUCUGGCCCAUCUCGUUCUUGACUUGGCGAUUCUUACUCUGCCGGUUGUCCAAGUACACAGGCUGCAGUUACGGACGGCUCAGAAGAUCGGCGUCACUGCUAUGUUCAUGUUUGGAAUUCUGGUCUGCAUUGCCUCAGUCAUAGUUCUCGUCUAUUCUAUAUCAUAUGACACCAAAUCAUCAGAAAUGUCGUGGAAUAUCGCUCCUAUUAUCUUUGCCAAGGACGAUAGUUUUGGUGGCCGUACGACGGGACCAAAGGUUUCCAUCACUGGCAAUGAAGUUCCUUACGAUGUUGAACUAGCGAGUUCACCUCCAGGCUCCGAGGGAGGUAUUUUGGUCAGGAGCGAAACGUUUGUACGUGUAUCGCAAGCGAGAAUCUGA